AUGACAGGAAGGGAGUGCCAGAGGAUUGCCAUAGGAAGGGGGUGUCCAAGGAUUGCCAUAGGAAGGGAGUAUCAAAGGAUUGCCACAGGAAGAGAGCGUCCUAGGAUUAUUAAAGGAAGGGAGCGUCCAAGGAUUGCGACAGGAAGGGAGUGUCAAAGGAUUAUUAUAGGAAGGGAGGUUCCAAGAAUUACUAUAGGAAGGGAGUUUCCUAGGAUUAUUACAGGAAGGGGUUUUGAAGGAUUGCGACAGGAAGGGGUUGUCCAAGGAAUGCCACAGGAAGGGAGUAUCCAAGGAUUGCCACAGGAAGGGAGUAUCCAAGGAUUGCCACAGGAAGGGAAUGUCCAAGGAUUCCGUAGGAAGGGAGUAUCCAAGGAUCGCCACAGGAAGGGAGUAUCCAAGGAUUGCCACAGGAAGGGAGUAUCCAAGGAUUGCCACAGGAAGAGAGUGUCCAAGGAUUCCGUAUGA